GCCUCAUCCCGCGCUGGCGCUGGCGCUGGCGGUCGACCGACCGCCCCUGCCUUGUUGUCUUGGGCUUGAGCCCGUCUUCGGGUUGCCGACCGGCAGAUUUUGGCGCUUGGCCUGUUGAUGGCCGAAUGAAAAUGAGACAGAGAGGGGCACGGGUGCUGUGACUAGACUCAUAGGGUUGUGUGCUUGAUCGUAGGGUGCCCUGUUCUGCUGGCCGUGUACUUGAGAACCAUGUUGGGCAAGCUAGUGAUUCUGGCCCUGGUGGCCUACCUUCCCUUUUUCUUCUUUGAAGGCCAGGGCCUCUUGGUGACGGAGGUGACCAGCGCCAACGCCAAUGAUGUAGCCAACUCUGACAAGGCCACGGUCUUGAUGAUGUACACCAACGUGUGCCGAUUUUGCAAGUCGGCCAUGCCCAGCUAUUAUCAUGCAGCCGCGCUGGCCGCGCUUCGCAGCAAAACAUACGAUAUGGCGCGCGUGGACAUGGCUGCCAAGCACAACAAGCCUCUUCGUGAGUUCCACAAGGCGUCGCCCAAUGGCCCUGGCGUGCCACGCUGGUACAUGCUGCACAAAGGCCAGGUGUCUGAGAUCAAGGUUCCAAGCCGCAACGCCGAGGACCUUCUAGUGGCUUUUGAUGAACACUAUGCCGCCAAGAGCGAGCUUGAGGUCGACUUCCCGGUGAUUGCCGAGAUGGGCGUCCCCUUUGAAUUCGAUGACUUUUGGACGCAAAAGAAGUUGCGCUUGAAGGACCUGUACAAGGCGACCAAGUCCAACCUGAAGGACAUUAGCCAACAGCGCCGUAACGUGGUGGGCGUUUCAGUGGUGGUUGGCUUCCUGGCCGGCUUUGUGUCCUACCUUCUCUAAGGGGUUUCUCUGUGGAGAGCGCUCUAUGCCUCGAAAUGCCACCAAAUACCCCCAAAACUCCUGUCUAGCCCAUGUCUUGCUCUGAUUGACAUUUCGCUGAUACGCGUUUCCAAAUUUUCUGCGCGGUCGGUCUGGUGUCCUCACAGCCACUUUUCGAUGUGCUUUUUGCAAAGAAUGUGCGACCACAAACGAGGGUAAGCAGUGUCGACGGGAUCAAUUAAUACCCAGAGGUAU